UGCAAUCCUUAUCCGAGCGCGCAGAGACAGGGGGCAUCUUCUCUCGUCUUCUUCGCUUCCUUAAACCCUUCAAUAAACCCUAAAAUUCAAAUAAAAAAGAAAUCUUGUCCAGGAGAAAGAGAAAUGCUCGCGAGAGCCCCUCAAACCCUCCUAAACUUCGAUGGGAUCCCUCGGCAUUCCCGCCGCCUCCUCCUCCUCCGCCACCGGAGGUCUACCGCCACCACCUGUAGCGCCGCCGCCACCGUUCCCGGUGGAGGGAGCAGGGGUUGGAAGGUGAGCGCGGCCUACAAGCGGAUCCCGAUGGAGACCUCCGGCGCCUACCAGCUGAUCGACGAGGAGACCGGCGACAAAUUCAUCGUCUGGGGGGGAGCGGAGAACGGCCCCGACUCGCCCAUCCCCUCGGCGGAGGUCCUCUCGUGGAGGCCUCCUCGAAAGGGAGGAACCGGGAUUGGGAACGAGGAGAGGCCACGGAAGGAGGUUUUCUUUCUUGAUACCACAGGAGUUGAGGCGACUGCACCGGUUGCCGAGAUCGGUUGUAAGCCCACGGCAAGUGUUGGUGGCUCCACUGGAGGUUUUGGUCGAUUAAAGGCCCCGAAGGUGAAAGCGUUGAUGAAGAAGUCCUCGCAGAGAAACAGUAAAGAAAAUGCUCCUAGUAAUAGGAUCUUGGGUCCGGAUGAUGCUGACCGUAUGGAUUCAUCCGAAUUCAGAAACGCAGAGACUAGUUUGGGCUCGCUCCAGCCUAAGGAAUCGAAUGAUAGUGUUCUAACCGAUGAAAAGGUUGGGAAUACAAACUCUGUGCACUUCAUAUCCAGAAAAGAUGCAAGGGAUGAAGAGGUAGAUGUGUCUGUUCCAAGGAUCGUUUCUUCCUCGAGGGGUUGGGGAGGUGCUGCUUCCCUACAGAGCGCUGCUGCUGGCCAGCUAAAACGGCACCGGAAAGCCUCUACUGACGGUGGAUUUUUCAGCAGGAAAUCUUUCAAGGAUCUGGGUUGCACCGAUGUUAUGAUAGAAUCUCUGAGGGGUCAGAUGUUCCUUCGCCCAUCCCAUAUUCAGGCCAUGGCAUAUGGGCCUGUGUUAGAAGGAAAAAGUUGCAUUAUUGCUGAUCAAAGUGGAUCUGGUAAGACGCUGGCAUAUCUUGCUCCAAUUAUACAAAAUCUAAGACAAGAAGAAGUACUAGGGCUUGGGAAAUCCUUAUCAAGGAGUCCUAGAGUAGUAAUAUUGGUGCCUACUGCUGAACUGGCAUCCCAGGUCCUUAAUAAUUGCCGAGCCGUAGCAAAAUUUGGGGUCCCAUUUAGAUCAAUGGCUGCAACUGGUGGUUUUCGACAGAAAACUCAGUUGGAAAAUCUUGAACAGGAGUUGGAUGUACUCAUAGCAACACCUGGUCGCUUUAUUUAUUUACUUCAUGAAGGACAUCUGCAAUUGACUAACCUCAAAUGUGUUGUGUUAGAUGAAGCAGACAUCCUAUUUGGUGAUGAUGAAUUUGAACAAGUUCUUCAAAGCUUAAUUAGUUCUGCACCCAUGUCAGCACAAUAUCUUUUUGUCACUGCAACUCUUCCUGUAGAUAUCUACAACAAGCUAGUAGAAGUAUUUCCUGACUGCCAAGUAAUCAUGGGACCUGGCAUGCAUCGUACAAGCUCUGGGCUUGAAGAGUUUCUUGUAGACUGCAGUGGAGAUGAUGGGGAGGAAAAAAAUCCAGAUACAGCUUUUCAAAAUAAGAAAUCUGCUCUUCUGCAGCUUGUAGAAGAAUCUUCGGUUCCUAAAACUAUUGUUUUCUGCAACAAGAUUGAGACAUGCAGAAAAGUGGAGAAUGUGUUGCAACGCUUUGAUAGGAAAGGAUUGCACAUUAAAGUCUUGCCAUUCCAUGCCGCAUUGUCUCAGGAAAUACGACUAUCGAACAUGAAGGAGUUUCUGGAUUCACAGUCAAAAGAAUCUAUGUUCUUGAUUUGCACUGACAGAGCAUCGCGAGGCAUUGACUUUGCAAAUGUGGACCAUGUGAUACUCUUUGACUUCCCUCGCGAUCCAAGUGAGUAUGUGCGGCGUGUUGGGAGGACAGCUCGUGGAGCCGGGGGCAAAGGCAAGGCAUAUAUUUUUGUCGUUGGCAAGCAGGUUUCGCUGGCUCGGAGGAUAAUGGAAAGAAACAGAAAGGGCCAUCCAUUGCAUCACGUCCCUUGUGCAUAUGAGCUGGAGAAAUCGGCACUCUAGCCGCUGUAGUGACAUUUGUAUACUUUCGCUUUGUAUCACUAAACAACGAGAGACUCAAGACUCCCAAAUACCAGAGAAGAAGAGUUCCCUUUUUUCUUCCCUUCUGUAUAAGUGCUGAAUUUGAUUUUUGCAAGUGUAUCUGCAAAGAGAGCAUAUUAUAUUCUAUGAUAGAUCGAGUCUCAGAAACUCAGUUAUUUUCA